UUUCGUUUGUUCGUUCGUAUCGUACUGCCAUCAUCAUCACUGUGAUUGUGAUGAAUCUGAUGAUGAUAUAUUUAUAGAAUUGUAAACAAAGUAAAUAAUAUGGAUCAAAAUACGCGUACAAGAAGAAACGAUUUAGAGGUUAAUAGUUUCAGUAAUGAAGACCCUUCAUUUGAUCGGACUCGUAUGAGAAGACAAUCUGGUGGCUUCGUAGACCUGGGUAAUGAGUCACAGUAUGGAAGAGGAGGUCACCAGGCUUCGGGGGCCAAUGAAAUUUUCGCCGAUUUACAGGGCGAUGUUCCAUGGUGGAAGUCUAACUUCUUCAUAUCACAACCAGUACUGUUUGGGACCUGGGAUGGAGUGUUCACAUCAUGUCUAAUUAAUAUAUUUGGUGUAAUAGUAUUUCUACGGUCUGGCUGGAUAGUGGGCCAAGCUGGUUUAGUCAAUGCAAUAUUCAUAGUGAUUUUUACAGUAUUUGUGGCCCUUAUAUCUGUGCUAUCUGCAGUGGGCAUCUGUGAGCGAUGCAGGAUAGAAAGUGGAGGAGUGUACUUCCUUCUGGCGCACACACUAGGUUCAAGGCUAGGAGGUGCCUUGGGUAUGAUUUACUGCUUUGGACAGGCAGUAGGAUGUGCCUUAAAUGUAUUUGGUUUUGGUGAGUCAAUGGCCAGCCUGGUGGGCACAGACAACACGUGGGCGGCACGAGGGUUCGCCAUCUCCGCUGUGGUGCUGCUGGGGACCAUCAACAUGGCCGGGGUCAAGUGGGUCAUCAAGUUGCAAUUUGUUCUCCUGCUGAUAAUUCUGCUGGCAGCAGUUGACUUCUUUGUGGGGUCUGUUGUUAAUCCACCAACUAUGGAGUUUAAGGGCUGGCUUGGAGGCACAAUGGCAAACAACACCUGGUCCAACUACCAAGAUGACUACACAUGGUUCAAAUGCUUUGGAGUGUUCUUCCCCACAGUCACUGGUAUCUUGGCAGGAAUCAACAUGAGUGGUGAUUUGAAAAAUCCCUCCAUUAACAUUCCUAAUGGAUCUUUGGCUGCUAUAAGCACAGGGACCUUCCUAUAUCUAAUGUUUGUCAUAACUCUGGCAGCCACCGUGACGCGGGAAGCUCUCCUCAAGAACUUUUCCAUAACAGCUGACAUAUCAGCAGUGACUGUGUUGCUACUGGCUGGGUUAUAUGUUGCCUCCAUGAGUUCAUGUCUCGGGGCCAUGUACGGCACACCUCGGGUUCUACAGAGUAUUGCCAAUGAGAAAGUCAUUCCAGGCCUGGAUAUACUGGGACAUGGGAGAGGCCCAAACAGGGUGCCCGUAUACUCAAUGGUGGUAGUAGCUGUAGUGACCAUCACUUUCAUCAUUAUAGGUGACAUCAACAAGCUCGCACCCAUCGUCACUAUGCCUUUCCUAAUCACGUACGCUAGUAUUGACUACUCAUACUUCGCCCUCGCUCAGACGUUUGAUUUGCAACAUAAACGUGAAAUGAGAUUUCAGGGUCACUCACCGCGGGAUCCUCAAGUGUAUGGCGCUACUGGCAGUGAUUUAGAUCUACUCUUUCCUGAAAGAAUACGGCAUAAAAACGUUGGGGAGUUCAGCCCGUCGCCAACAGACGGCUCCACGGCGGGGCGCGCGGGCGACGGCCGGCCCAGCGUCAGCGUGCACUCCAAGGACCAGCACUGGUACUCGCAUCUGUGCAACCGGUGGCUCUCGCUGUCCGGGGUGGCAAUAAAACUGCUGCUGAUGUUCCUGGUGCACUGGGCGUACGCGCUGGGCUGCCUGUCGCUGCUGUGGGUGCUGUGGCUGUACAUCGGGGCCGCCAACCCCGCGGUGAAGCCGGGCCGGGCCUCCGAGUUCCGCUUCCUGAGCUGGCUGCGGGUGUCGUUCUUGCAGGCUAUUGGCAAGCGUCCCCUCGAGUACGAGCAGCUGGUGGUGACGCCGGUGCACGCGGCCGUGAGCGUGGAGUCGGAGCGGCUCAACGACGACAACGAGGACUUCGCGUCGCGCCGCCGCUACCACCAGUCCGCGGCGCUGCAGACGCACCUCGUCAGCGUCGACUCGUAGAAUAAGGACUCGCUACUCUGUGGCGCCGCCGCUACCACCAGUCCGCGGCGCUGCAGACGCACCUCGUCAGCGUCGACUCGUAGAAUAAGGACUCGCUACUCUGUGGCGCCGCCGCUACCACCAGUCCGCGGCGCUGCAGACGCACCUCGUCAGCGUCGACUCGUAGAAUAAGGACUCGCUACUCUGUGGUGCCGCCGCUACCACCAGUCCGCGGCGCUGCAGACGCACCUCGUCAGCGUCGACUCGUAGAAUAAGGACUCGCUUCUCUGUGGCGCCGCCGCUACCACCAGUCCGCGGCGCUGCGGACGCACCUCGUCAGCGUCGACUCGUAGAAUAAGGACUCGCUACUCUGUGGCGCCGCCGCUAACACCAGUCCGCGGCGCUGCAGACGCACCUCGUCAGCGUCGACUCGUAGAAUAAGGACUCGCUACUCUGUGGCACAGCUUCGUCUAUGAUGCUUCUGAAGAUGAUAUAAUGUUGGAGGCUUGGAGCUACCAAAACCUCUGCACCAAACGUUGCGUUGUGACAUUUUCCAGUGCGUAAAUUUCUGUUUUUAAUUUUGAAUGCAAUUUAAAAAAUGCUGUAGUAAGCCAAAAGGGGGUGACUCACUUUGGAGUUUGGGUUGAAUAACUUUUAGGCUUCUUACUACUUUUCAAAAUUAUGAAAAAAUAUUAUAAUAUUUUGCAAUAGGAUUUUUUUUUACGAUAGGCUACUUGUCUUAUAUCAUCAUAUUAGACCUACUUUAAAAAAGAGUCAAGUAGCCUAUGAUGACUUCCCUUUCGGCAUAUUAUACCACUUUUGCUGCUUCAGAAUUAGCCCUUUCAAUAUCUGUUUGUGAGUCUAAGGCUGGGUUUAUUAUAUCCUAAUGAGAUUACCACAUCGGUUCUAUCGAUACUAUAGUAUAAUUUACAAAAUUUUGGACCUUUACUUUUAUAUUUUUACUAAUCUAAAAUAUUAUCUUACUAAAAAUAUCCAGUAAAUAUACCUAUCAUCAAUGCUUAUAUCUAUUUUAAUAUAAGUAUUACAAUUGAUAUACCCGUUCAUUUUUGAAUAUUAUUCUACGGACAUGUAUUUAGAUUGGACAGAUUAAUUGAUAAUAAUAAUUUUAUUAAUAAAUUGCACUAUUUUUAUACCUAAUACUUAUAGGAAACUUUUGUAAUUGUAAGGAAAUUCCUGUAAAUAAAAUAAAAUCUUAAUUUAAAAUAGGGGUAACUAGUUCUUAGGUCAUGAAAGUAAUUUAUUAUCAUACAAUGAAAUUAUUUAUGUAUUCUAAUGUAGGUACUGAAAAUUUAUGUUCACAUUGUGAAAUUUUAAUAAAAUACUUAAACAUUUUAUGAAUGUAAA